AUGCAGGCCGGGGGCGCGGACGCCGCGCCCGUCCGCGUGCUGGUGGAGGUGCACGACAGCGUGCUGCAGCGCGACGCCCGGCUGGAGCGCUGGAGGAAGGCCGCGCAGGACCAGGGGAUCGGCCUGGAACUGGUCGUGACGUCCAAGCUGCAAGGCCGCGUGCCCCAGGUCACCGUCGUCGGCGACAACACCCACGCCGCCGGCCCCGCGGUCGCCGCCGCCCACGGCGCGCGCGGCGCGGUCGUGGUCACCGCCGACUGGGUCCAGAACUGCAUCCGGUGCGGCGUCCGGCUCGGAUGGGAGCGCUUCCUGCACACAGCGAUCGCCGCUGAGGAGGAGGACGACCCAGAGGGCCAGGCGCAGCGGGCUGAGGCGGAGCGCGCGUGGGCGCUGGUGAGCGACAGCAUCACCGGCCGCGCGGGCGCCGCGCCAGAAGACCUGGCGAAGGCUUGGUUCCGGAGGCGCUUCCCCGGCCGAGGGCCGCUUUCGGACCUUCGGCGCGCGUGGGUGGACACAAGUUUGGGGCCGACGCGCGGCGGCGGGGCGGCAUUCAAGGUUGUGACGUGGAACAAGCUGGCGACUGAGGGGUUCUUGGGAAGCAACGGCGGGCCGAAGUGGUACGUCGAUGAGAAGUACAGGACCUGGUCCCACCGAGGGAAGCUGAUUCUGGAGCAGCUUGAGCGGAUAGAUGCUGACAUCAUCCUGCUGCAGGAGGUGAGCAGCACGAAGGACGAGUGGUAUGGCGUCAUCAAGGAGUGGGCCGACAGGCGGGGUUACCUCUGCAGCACCGGCGCGCUUGAGUGCCGCAUCAUGGUGCGCGCCAGCCGCUUCCAGGUGCUGCAGUGGGGCACCGUCAGCUUCCAGGGCGCCUGCGAGGCGCCACGGCAACCAGCCGAAGAUGGCGCCCACCCCUCUGGGGACGGCUCUGUCAGAGAAGGCGAGGGUGGGGAUGCCGCCCCGGCCGAAGUGCAGUGGGCGGACGACCCCUGGAGCAUUGUCAGCCGGAUCCCGGACUGCACGGCCGUGGCCGCGCUGCGCUGCAAGGUCUCCGGCCGCCUGCUGGUGGCUGCGUCGAUGCACGUCAUCAACGAGACCUGGCUGGAGGGCGUCAAGGUACUCAUGACACAUACUGCCUGCCGUUUUGUACAGCAAUUCGCAGCCAGGGCGCAGCGCAAGCACGGCGCGUUCGUGCCGCCGGCCCGUGGCGGUCCGUCGCACACAACACGCGGCAGUGGCGGUGGCGGCGGCGCCAGCGGCGAUGCCGGCGGUAGUGCUGGCGGCAUCAAGAGCAGCGGCGGCGUCAAGAGCAGCGGCGGCGGCGGCGGCGCUGGGGACGUCCCCAUUAUUCUGGGCGGAGAUUUCAACAGUGUCCCGGGCCACAUAUUCGACCCCUGCCAGCUGCCCCAUGACCUGCUCUCCACCGGCCGCCUGCCCCCCAGCAGCCCCGGCCACCCCCACACCUGGAACCUCUGGUGGCAGCAGGAGCGCCGCCGCAGGACACGCCUCGACCCCGGCCACGACCCCAAGCGCGCACGCGCCGCAGCGCCCGCGCACCCGCCCGCUGGGCGCAGUGACGAGCUCCGCCUGAGCCUGGGGCCGCUGCAGAGCGGCGCGGUCGCCGCAACGGGCGCUGAGCCCGCGCUCACAUUCUAUGGGCCCCGGCUGGCGGCGACGCUGGACUACGUGUGGGUGACGCCAGGGGCGCUCGAGGCGGUGGGGUGGCUGGCCAUGCCCUGGGAGACGCCUGGCAAUGGGUACGGCGACGAGGAGGGGAGGCCGGUGGCGUACUCUGCGGUGGGCGCGCUACGGGCGCCGGACGAGGCGAUGCGCACGCUGACCUGGCUGCCCCACGACAGAUUUCCGAGUGACCACAUCCCAGUAGGUGUAGAGCUGCAGCUGAGGUAG